GGGCUUUGGGACCCCAGAGAGGGGUUAGCGACCCCAUGGGAGGAUGCAGGGACCCCAUGGAAGGGGGUGAGGCACCCCACAGAGGGGUGUGAGGGACCCCAGGGGUGGUUUUGGGGACUGCAUGGGUGGAUGCUGGGAUGCAGGGGGGUGUUUUAGGGACCCGAUGGAGGAUUUAGGCACCCUGGGGAGGGUGCCUGGACCGUGGGGUGGGGUCAGAAGGGGACCCCAAAGCUGCGGAUGCAGUGACCCCAUGGGGGAAGGGGGGCUCCUCCCUGUCCCCCAGGUUCGGGGGCCCAUGGCAGAGCAGGACCGGGCGCUGGAGCCGGGCUGGCUCCUGUCCCCCGCCGGCCGCCCCUACCUGGACUCCAUCCUGCACAAGAACCAGCGCAGAGUGUUCGGUCUGCUGGAGCGCCCGGCGCUGCCGCCCGCGCUGGCUGUCCCCACUGUCACCUACAAACUCUUCCUGGCGGGCAGGAGCGGCGUCGGCAAGACAGCGCUGGUGGCCUGGCUGGGGGGGACCCCCGCGCCCCCCGCCCACCACGAGACCCUGGGCAUCGAGGCCACCACGCUGUUCUGGCCGGCCAAGCCCCGCGGCAGCGGCCGCCCGGUCCUGUUCCAGCUGCACCUCUGGGACUGCGGGGACGGAGCGCUCCGGAAGUUCGAGCACCUGCUGCCCGCCUGUAAGGAGGAGGCGGACGCCGCCCUGUUCCUGUUCUCCUUCACGGACCGCGCGUCCUUCGAGGAGCUGCCGGCGCUCAUGGGCCGCGUGCUGGGCCCCGAGGACCGCCACCUCGUCAGGGUGGUCGUGGGCACCAAAUUCGACCUGGUCGCACACGCGGCCGUGACGGAAGGGGACGUGCGGGCCUUCGAGGGGACGCAGGGGCUGCGGGUGCUGCGGGCGGGGGGCACCGCGGGGGCCGGUGGGGCGCGGGCGGGGCUGGCCCGGGUCGCCCCCGUCCUGGACGCUCUGGUCGAGGAGCUCUGGCGGCGCGACCAAGUGACCGCCGGCGUCACCCCGGGGGACACGGGGGACACCCCCACAUGAACCCCCUCUUGUGGGGGGGGGUUGUGGGCGUGGGAGGGAUAAAGGCGUUCUUUUGUUAAAA